AUGACCACCUGGCAGGAAAAAGCCGAAAUCAAACGCCUCGCUGCGGCGUCCAAAAUCCCCUCCGACUGGCGUCUCCCCGACUCCACUCUCUCCGCACUCACCACCGACUCCAACGUCCUCGGCAUCCCACGCGCCAGCGGGCUUCUAUCCCCACGCGAACUAGAAAUCACCGAAACAAAGGAUGCCACCCUUAUGCUCUCAAAGCUCGGCGCGCGCGAAUACACCGCCGUAGAAGUAACAACGGCAUUCAGCAAACGGGCCGCGAUCGCCCAACAGCUCAUAUGCUGUCUCACGGAGACGUUUUUCGACGAGGCGCUAGAGCGAGCCAAGUUUCUCGACGAGCAUCUCGCGCGCACAGGCAAGACCGUGGGUCCCCUGCAUGGGUUGCCUAUUAGUCUGAAAGACUCGUUCAAUGUAAUCGGCCAGCAUACCACGUUAGGGUUUAUUUCGUUCCUCGAGAACCCGCCACAGCAAAGGAACGCGGCCGUCGUGGACAUCCUCCUCGCAGCGGGGGCCGUGCUUUACGUGAAGACGAAUAUCCCGCAGACGAUGAUGACCGCGGACUCGCAUAACAAUGUGUUCGGGCGGGUGUUGAACCCACAUCGCAGGAACUUGACGGCGGGAGGUAGUACCGGCGGCGAAGGGGCGUUGGUAGCUAUGAGGGGGUCGAUUCUGGGCGUGGGCACGGAUGUAGCGGGCUCGAUUCGUAUCCCGGCGUUGUGUUGCGGGCUGGUCGGCUUUAAACCGAGUGUCGGGAGGGUCCCGUAUGGGGGGCAGACGACCCCUGGGAGGCCCGGGCUGGUGGGCGUGGUGCCGGUGGCGGGACCGUUGUGUCAUUCCGUUCGCGACGCUGAAAUGUUGCUGCGUGUUAUCACGGAGGGACACCCGGAGGAUCUCGAUGAUAUUGCGCUCCCGAUUCCCUGGCGUGAGCAGCCUGAUCGAUCCGAGCCGUUGAGGAUCGGUCUGCUCCAUGAGGAUCAGGCAUAUCCGCUUCAUCCGUCAAUGCAUCGGGCGUUGACGCAGGCAGCGGCGAAGCUGGCUGAGGCAGGACACACUAUUGUCAAUUUUUCCGGAAAGACACCUUCUUUGAUGGACAUCGCGCGUCUCACAUUCCAGUACUUCGGCAUGGACCCUGACAAGACGCUUUUCUCGCACAUCCUGCGCGGCGAGGAACCGUUUAUUCCGUCGCUCGCAGUGAUCGGGACUGGUGGUGGGAUGGAAAUGCCUGAACCCACGCUACGCAAUCUAUAUGAUAUGAACACGAAGCGGAUCGAGCUGGCAGAGGCGAUGAGAAAGGCCUACGUCGAGAAUAAGGUGGACGUUAUCCUUUCGCCGGGAUUUCAGAGUUGUGCGGUGCCGCAUGAUACGUACGACAAUGGACUUUAUACGACGAUGCCCAACUUGUUGGAUUAUCCCGCAUGCAUACUCCCCUUCGGCCGUGCUGACGAGAAGGCUGAUGCGCCGUUCGUCAGAGACAUUGAUUACAAGCCACCCUAUAAACCAACAGAGAUUGAAGGCGCUCCUUGCCAUGUCCAACUCAUUGGACGACGACUACAGGAUGAGAAGCUCGCGCAACAUGUUAGACAAAUUGAGCAGAUCCUGAAGGCUUAA